AUGGUUUCCAGUACAGCCUCGCCCAAUUUCGCGGGCCUACGCGGCAAGAAAUUGUCGUUGACGGUAUCGACCAUUGCUACAAUGGGUUUCUUGCUGUUCGGUUAUGACCAGGGUGUCAUGUCCGGUAUUAUCAGCGAUAAACACUUCAACAAUGUCUUCACAGCUACCAAGGACAAUUCCACCAUGCAGGCGCUGGUCACUGCUGUCUAUGAGUUGGGAUGUUUGGUCGGUGCGGUCUACGCUCUUAUCUUUGGUGACAAGAUGGGCCGCCGGUGGAUGAUCUUCUCGGGGGCCAUUGUCAUGAUUAUCGGCGUCAUUAUCCAGGUUACCUCGUUUGUCGACCAUAUUCCUCUGCUGCAGUUCUUCUUUGGCCGUGUCAUCACCGGUAUUGGCAACGGCAUGAAUACUUCGACGAUUCCCACCUACCAGGCCGAGUGCUCCAAGACUAGCAACCGUGGUCUGCUUAUCUGUAUCGAAGGUGGUAUCAUUGCCAUUGGUACUAUGAUUGCCUACUGGAUUGAUUUCGGAUGUCACUACGGCCCUAGCGACCUCGUCUGGCGUUUCCCCAUUGCCUUCCAGAUCGUCUUCGGCGUCGUUAUCAUUGUUGGAAUGUGGUACAUGCCCGACUCUCCUCGCUACCUGAUCUCCAAGAACCGUGUCCAGGAAGGUGAGUAUGUGCUUGCUGCCCUGGGAGGCUUCGAAGUCCAUGACCGCGAGACCCAGAUGCAGAAGCAGCUCGUCAUGGAGUCGCUUCAGGCGUCCGGUGCCUUUGGCGAGGAGACCCGAUUCCGCGACCUGCUUACUGGUGGCCGUUCCCAGCACUUCCGUCGUAUGUUGGUCGGUUCUUCUGCCCAGAUCUUCCAGCAGCUUUCCGGUUGCAACGCGGUCAUCUACUAUCUGCCUGUGUUGUUGCAGAGCUCGCUCCAUGAGGACCAGGACUUUGCGUUGCUGAUUGGUGGUGUCAAUAUGAUUGUCUAUGCUAUCUUUGCUACCUUCUCUUGGUUCUUUAUUGAGAAGAUUGGUCGCCGCAAGCUUUUCCUCAGCGGAUCCUUCAUCCAGACCUCUGCCAUGAUCAUCACCUUUGCGUGCCUGAUCCCCGACACCAAGGCCGCCUCCAAGGGUGCUGUGUUUGGUCUGUUUAUGUACAUGGCUGCUUUUGGUGCCACCUGGCUUCCUCUGCCUUGGUUGUAUCCUGCCGAGCUGUCUCCCAUCAAGACCCGUGCUAAGGCCAAUGCUGUUUCCACCUGCAGCAACUGGCUUUUCAACUUCACCGUGGUCAUGAUCACUCCAGUCAUGGUUGACCGCAUUGGAUGGGGUACUUAUCUCUUCUUCGCCGCCCUCAACGCCUGCUUCAUCCCGGUUAUCUAUUUCUUCUACCCCGAGACUGCCAACCGCAGUUUGGAAGAAAUCGAUAUCAUCUUCGCCAAGGGUUUCACCGAGAACAUGACCUACGUCCGCGCCUCCAAGGAACUUCCCAAGCUCACCGACGACGAAAUCGAAGCCAAGGCCGCCGAGUACGGAUUCGCCCUCGACACUCCUGCCCUCGGCCAUGACAGUGGCGACGUCGAGAAGAGCCACGCCGACCACAACCAGUCCUCGUCCUCUGACAACGAGCAGGCCACCCACCUACCUUAA